AUGGAUACAAACUACUUGAAGGCGUACUUUUGGACUGAUUCGACAAUCGUGUUGCAUUGGAUUUCUACCCAUUCGUCGAAAUUAAACACGUUUGUUGGAAAUCGAGUAGCGGAAAUACAGGAUACGACAAAAGAGGUGGUUUGGAGACAUGUUCCAACACACGACAAUCCUGCAGAUGUAGUUUCGCGAGGAUGCACGGUAGAUGAAAUAAGAAAUUCCAUUUGGAUUGAGGGUCCAUCAUUUCUGGCCAAAGCAGAAGAAGAAUGGCCAUCCACAGCAGAAAUCGUUUUUUCUCCAGAAGAAGUUUCAUUAGAGAAAAGAAAAACAGCGCUGAGCUGUCAACAGCUCAAACCAAACUAUUAUCUUGACCUGAUAGAAAGAUAUUUUUCGCAAGAAAUUGCAGCAAUCAAUGCAAAUAAAUCACUAAAAGGUUCUAUUAAAUCCUUAAGUCCGUUCAUCGAGGAUGAAGAGUUAAGGGGGAUUCGUUUGUUAAGAGUCGGAGGCCGAUUAAAGCAUGCGAAUAUCCCAGAGGAAAGCAAACAUCCACUUUUACUGCCAAAGGAUUGCAAUUUCACCAAAACUCUCGUCAGACAUCUUCAUCACUUAAAUUACCAUGCUGGUCCAAAGGCUCUUGUUGCUUUGUCGAGACAAACCUUUUGGAUUGUUAAUGUUCGUGAGGUAGCACGAUGGGUCGUCCGAAAGUGCCCACACUGUGCCAGGUACAGGCCAAACCUAUUCGAGCAGGUAAUGGGAGAUUUGCCUGCAGCUAGAUUAACCCAAUCUCGCCCAUUUUUAUGUUGCGGGGUGGACUUUUGUGGUCCAAUAUACACUUAUUACAAAAUUCGUGGCAAGGUGCCAUACAAAAUAUAUGUGGCUGUCUUUGUUUGUUUUUCGUCAAAAGCAGUCCAUUUAGAAGCUGUGUCUGACCUUUCAGCUGAUGCCUUUAUAGCUGCCUUAAAAAGGAUGAUAGGUCGUAGAGGUCUCCCUAAAACCAUUCAUUGUGACAAUGCCACAAAUUUUGUUGGCGCGCAGUCAAAAUUAAAAGAACUGCGCGAUAUGUUGUUCAAACGUUCUAUUCAAGAAAAUAUUAUAAAUUUCUGUUCUAAUGCUUCCAUAAACUUUCAUUUUAUACCCCCCAGGGCACCUAAUUUCGGUGGAAUUUGGGAAACGGCCGUAAAAACAGCAAAAGGCCAUCUUUAUCGCAGUCUCGGCGGUGCAAAACUAAACUUUGAAGAGCUGACAACGGCACUGGUAGAGAUCGAGGCCAUAAUGAACUCCAGGCCAAUUACUCCAAUGUCUCCUGAUCCCAACGAUCUGGAAGCGUUAACGCCAGCUCAUUUCCUAGUUGGGUCUUCUCUCAGAGCGAUUCCGGAACCAAGUCACGAAGUGUCUGACAUAAGCCAUCUGGAAAGGUGGCGUCGAAUCAAUGCCGUAAAAACCCACUUCUGGAAGCGGUGGUCAUCGGAAUACGUCCUAGAACUCCAAAAUCGUGCCAAAUGGACAACUUCAACUCCAAACCUCGAAAUUGGUAGUCUCGUCAUAAUCCAUGAAGAUAACUUGCCACCCCAAAAGUGGCUUAUGGGAAAAGUCGUAAAACUAAUCAAGGGUCCUGAUGGUCAUGUACGUGUAGCCGAUGUUAAAACGUCACGAGGAGAGUUUCGAAGGCCAAUUCGAAAACUAGCAGCGAUACCGUCUUGA